UAGAGGAAACGUCGUACGUGUCCUGACUACUCACACCUUUUCUCUGCGUUCUAGUUCUCGUACCUGCCAAACCUUCAAUUUUCAAGUGGUGCCUGGACCUGGGGUUCAAUCUCCUCCGGUUCUUCAUUUUAACUCUCACCAAACACAUAUCGAUUGAGGUGAUAAUUUUUUGCUUACGGUGUGAUGGGUAGAAAGAAGCAAAGCCAUCCCCAUCAUUCCGUUAGGGCAGUAGUAGAAAGCCAUCGUAUUGCUGAAGCAGGGCCGCGGAAUCAGCAAGCUACAAAUACCGAGCAUGUGCAGAACAAUGAAUUUAACAUAAUUGAUGAGCCAUAUUUCGUGGAACUUGAUCGGGCUUCUUGGGCUUCAGAUGAGCACCUUGAUAUUUCGGAAGUUGUUCUAAUAGAUUUGAAUUUGAGAGAAGGUUUUUCUGGUUAUGAAGUGAAUGAUGAUUUUUUACUGGAUUCCAAGUAUUCCUUAAGGUUUAGAUUGUGCAACAUUAAUGACUUUGUAGGUCGUAUUAAACUAGGUCAUUGGCCUGUGUUAUCCUCUAGUGAUGUAUUUUUAGAAUUCAUAGAAAUAUGCACAAGAAAGGAUAAAAAGAUACACUCGGUGAUUUUGUCGGGGAGUUUUGAUGGACCAGAAGAGGGUAUUUCUGCUCUUGUUCACUUGGCAAGUUUGAAGUUUAUGACAAUACGGCCAGUUAUGGGGGUUACAUCUCUAGGGAACGCAUCAUCUCUGAGGGUGAGGGUGGAAAUUCUUAAAAGUGCCUUUGAAGCUUGUGAGUCACUUUUGGAGAAUACAAGGCAACUAUGGAAAAGGAGCAUGAUGAAUGUAAUGGCUUGGCUGCGUCCAGAAGUAAUGACUUCAGAGGCUAGGUAUGGAGUUAAUUCAUCAGCAGAAAUGGAAAUUGAUUUGCACAUGGAGAUGGGAAAUGGUAAUCUUGAUACAAAGAAACGUGCAAGACUUGAUGCUGCUGGGUUUUAUGAAGCCAUCAAGCCAUCCAAAGCGGAUCCAAUGCUUGAACAUGAUAUACUCGACUUGCUUCCUGAGCUGAGACCAUAUCAACGCCGUGCAGCUUACUGGAUGAUACAACGAGAGAAUGGAGAUUCAAGAAGUUCGGUUAGAAGUGGGAAAAUUUCAUUUUUGUCUCCUUUAUGUUUGCCUGUGGAUUUUAUAGGCACAUGUACAAAAAUGUUCUACAAUCCAUUCAGCGGAAACAUUUCUUUGCACCCAGAGCAAUCUCCACCAUAUGUCUUUGGUGGAAUUCUUGCUGAUGAGAUGGGUUUGGGAAAAACAGUUGAACUGCUUGCUUGUAUCUUUUCUCAUCAGAAGUCCGCAUCUGAAGAUGACAUAUUUAUUGACUCUCAAUCAGAAUUUCCUGUGCAGCAGAAAUCUAAUAUUAAGAGAUUGAAAAGGGAGCGUGUUGAGUGUAUAUGUGGGGCUGUCAGUGAAAGUCGAAAGUAUGAAGGAUUAUGGGUACAGUGUGAUAUAUGUGACGCUUGGCAACAUGCAGAUUGUGUUGGGUAUUCACCCGAAGGAAAACUAAAGUCUGGUGAAGUUUCUGGUGUACAACGAUGUGAAAGGAAGUCAAUGAUCGGGUCAAAAGGGUACACAAGAAGGAAAAAGAAAGCUAACAUUGCUGUGAGAGAUGGGGAACACAUCUGCCCAUUAUGCUUGGAACUGAUGCACGCGACUGAAUCUCCCGUUGCUACUGGUGCCACUCUUAUAGUCUGCCCGGCUCCUAUAUUACCCCAAUGGCAUGCUGAAAUUAUACGUCAUACACGUCCAAGUUCUUUAAGAACUUGUGUCUAUGAAGGUGUGAAAAUCACUUCUCUUUCAAAUACAUCUGGUGUGGAUAUCAGUAAGCUUGUCAGUGCUGACAUCGUAUUAACCACAUAUGAUGUGCUCAAAGAAGAUCUGUCACAUGACUCUGAUAGGCACGAAGGUGAUCGACGCUUCAUGAGAUUCCAAAAGAGGUAUCCUGUUAAUCCAACUCCGCUCACCAGAAUUUUCUGGUGGAGGAUUUGUUUGGAUGAGGCUCAAAUGGUGGAAACUAAUGCUGGCGCUGCCACAGAAAUGGCUCUUCGGUUAUAUGCUAAGCAUCGCUGGUGCAUAACAGGGACUCCAAUACAACGCAAACUGGACGACUUGUAUGGGCUUCUACGAUUUCUUAAAGCAAGUCCUUUUGAUGUUUCGAGGUGGUGGAGUGAAGUUGUACGAGAUCCGUAUGAGAGGGGAGAUGCAGGAGCUGUGGAAUUUACACAUAAGUUCUUUAAACAAAUCAUGUGGCGUUCAUCAAAAAAAGAUGUAGCAGAUGAGUUGCAGCUUCCCCCUCAGGAUGAGUGUGUUUCUUGGCUCAUUUUUUCACCAAUUGAAGAGCACUUUUACCAAAGGCAACAUGAAACUUGUAUGAGUUAUGCCCGUGAAGUAAUUGAUAGUUUGAAAGAUGUUUUUCUCAAGAGAAAAGUCCAAGGUUGUGUAUCUUCUGAUGCUUUUUCCGAUCCUUUUGUAACCCAUGCGGAGGCUGGAAAGCUGCUGAACACACUCUUGAAGCUUCGCCAGGCCUGCUGCCAUCCUCAAGUAGGAAGCUCUGGCCUGCGUUCUUUACAACAAUCCCCCAUGACUAUGGAGGAAAUUCUACAGGUGCUUAUUGGUAAGACCAGGAUAGAAGGGGAAGAAGCUCUGAGGAGAAUAGUUGUUGCUUUAAAUGGGCUUGCCGGGAUAGCUAUAAUUGAGAACAAAUUGUGUCAAGCAGUGUCAUUGUACAAGGAAGCAUUGGCUUUAGUUGAAGAGCACUCUGAAGAUUUUCGUCUAGACCCUCUAUUGAAUAUUCACAUUCAUCAUAAUCUUGCUGAGAUCUGCUCAGAGCAACUCCACCUAGAGGGACAACAGUUCCCUGGAAACUGUGAAAAGAAGGCCUUGACGAUGCAUGGGAUUGAAGAGUGUAAUCAACAAGAAGUGAAGAGGCGAAAAGUGAGUGGGGAAGACGAUGUGGAUUUCACAUUUGAGGCUGAUCCGGCAUAUUGUACAUCCAGCAUAUCAGAAAAUAGCUCAAAUGGUGACCAAGAAUGUGAUGUUGAGCCCCAUUUAUCAUCCAGUUAUAUUACUGAAAGAUCUUUAAGAACAGUCUGUGAGGAUAUGAAGCAGAAGUACUUAUCUGCGUUUAGUUCAAAGCUAUCUAUAGCUCAACUAGAGUUCAGAAAAUCUUACAUGCAGGUUAGUAAUGCAUUGAGAGACAGAAAAAAUCAACACACAGUUUGGUGGUUGGAAGCCCUUCAUCAUGCUGAGCAGAACAAGGACUUCUCAAGCGAGUUGAUCAGAAAGAUUGAAGAAGCUAUCUCACGAGCUCCAAACAAUUCAAGGUCAUCAAGAAUUUCAUCCCGAUUUCGAAGCUUAAGUUCUCUAAAAUAUCAUAUCCAGACUGGUUUGGAUCAAUUGGAAGCCUCUAGGAUAGUGUUACUUGAUCAACUUCUGGAAAUUGAUCAUACAAUGGAGAAACCAAAAGAGGAGGAUAUUGAACGCGUGAGAUACUGUCGAAAUUGCAAUGUCAAUGGGGAUGGUCCUGCAUGUGUUGCCUGUGAACUAGAUGGAUUGUUUCAGGAUUAUGAAGCAAGGCUCUUUCGUCUUAAUAAAGAAGAUGGAGGGAUGAUUACAUCUGCUGAAGAGGCCUUACAUUUGCAGAAGAAAAAUUCUGCACGCAACCGAUACUUUUGGAAUGUACCACCACCAGAUUUAUCAUCCAGUGUUAGAAAGAAGAGAGAUGUUGGAGAAAGAGUUGUGGUUUCAAAAUCUCCAUCUGAGUUGGAGAUUGUUCUUGGGGUUAUAAAGGGCUAUUGCAAAGCUCAGUUAGGAAGCGAGGGUAUGUCAGCAGCCAACAUGCAGCUUCAGAUUCUAGAGGGCAUGCGGAGGGAGUAUGGCCAUGCAAGGUCCUUGUCAAUAGCCCAAGCUCAAGUUCUGUGUGCGCAUGAUGAACUUAAAAUGGCUACAACACGAUUACACAUAAGUGAAAAUGAGAAUGAAAAAGCUGUUGAUGCUUUGAGGCGAGAUGAAUUACCUUCAGCUAGUGUACAAUAUUCUGAUGACAAGUUCAUCUCCAUAACCUUGUUGUCACGUGUAAAAGGGAAGCUUCGUUAUUUGAAGGGUCUGGUACUAUCUAAACAAAAGUCCCCACUGGAAAGCUCUACUAAUUCCUCAUUAACUCAAGAGAUGGGUAGGCUGUCGACUUCUACAGAGCAUAAAAGUGGAUGUGUACCUAAAGCCGAUGAUGAAACAUGCCCAGUUUGUCAAGAAAAAUUGAGCAAUCAAAAGAUGGUUUUUCAGUGCGGGCAUGUUACUUGUUGUAAAUGUUUAUUUUCAAUGACAGAGCGGAAGGUACAUGAUAAUAAGUUUCAACCUAAAUGGGUAAUGUGCCCAACAUGCCGACAGCAUACAGAUUUUGGAAAUAUAGCUUAUGCUGAUGAUAGAAAAAAUGAAUCUUUCAAUUCACCUGUGUGGCAUCCAUAUCAAGGUCGUGAGAAGUGCGAAGAAUCUAUGAUUGUUCAGGGUUCGUAUGGAACAAAGAUUGAAGCAGUCACAAGAAGGAUCUUGUGGAUCAAGCAUAUAGAUCCAAAAGCAAAAGUUCUUGUUUUCUCGAGUUGGAAUGAUGUCCUUGAUGUGUUGGAGCAUGCCUUCACUGCUAAUGAGAUCACCUUUAUCCGGAUGAAAGGAGGCAGGCGAAGCCGAGUACACGGGACAUAUAUAAGAGCCACACCUAGGCAUGACUAUCUAAAGAUACAAGAAAAUCAUAUACGUUCAUGCCAUUAAAGUCUAUUACAAUCGACGUCUAUUACAAUUGACCAAUGGAAUAAAGUGUGCAGAAAAAAAGUUUUAAGCUCAUCCAUUGUCCGUUCACGAUCCUCAAAGCUCCGACCGUUUCUCUCCAUCCAUAUGUACCACCAUAGAUAGGUCGGUAUCAUCUUCCACAUAGCUACCAUAUGAGAAUUACCCUGGAUUCCUUGCCAACUAGCCAAAAACUCAACAACCAUUCUUGGCAUUGCCCAGAUGUGUCCCACUCUCGCAAAUAUAUCGUUCCAUAAACUUAUAGCUACAUCACAAUGCAAUAAUAGAUUAUCCACAGACUCACUACUUUUCUUACACAUGUAACACCAAUCCAAUACAAUGAAGUGGCGUUUCCUUAGAUUAUCUAAGGUGAGAAUCUUCCCUAACAAAGCUGUCCGUACAAAAAAAGAAGCUUUUAGGGGGACCUUAGUCUUCCAUAUGUUCUUCCAUGGGAAUGUUCUUGUAGAGUGUGUCAUAAGAGAUUUAUAGUACGACUAUACAAUGUAUCUCCCCUUCUUGGAUGGUGACCAUAUAAUCUUAUCCGCUCUUCCAAACAUACUACAAGUGUGUACAGGAUUGAAGAAAUAUGUAAAUGUGUCAAUUUCUCAAUCUUAGGCAGCUCUUAAGGAAAAUGAUGUUCCAUUGGGUUGAACCACUAGAGAGAUCCAUAAGCUCUACUACUGAGGCCGCCUUUGUUUGUGCAAUGUUGUAUAGGAUUGGUUAGGCUUCUUUGAGGAUUUGAUCUCCACACCAUAAGUCAUUCCGGAAUUUAAUUCUAGACCCAUCCUCAACUACAAAACAUGUUGAUCGAUGGAGAUUGGUCCAACCUCUUCUUAUGUGUUUCCAAAGCCCCACCCCAUGUGGUCCAUUCACUUCAUUCGGGCACCAUUCUCCUCACAAUCCACCAUAUUUUAAAUCUAUGAUCACCCUUCAUAAAGUUCCAAUUGCUUUGUGAUAUCUCCAUAACCAUUUACCCAAUCAAGCCUUGUUGAAAACCAACAAAUUUCGAAUUCUCAACCCGUCUUCACGUAUAGGGGUACAAACUGUAGCCCAAUUCACCAAAUGAAACUUGAAUUCUUCAUCUAUUCCCCUCCAUAGAGCACUUAGAGAAUAGAUUUUCCAUUCAGUGUUGGAUAAUUAUAAUGAGUUCAAAGAAGGUUGGUAAAAUCAAGUAUACGUAAAAAAUUUUCACUGAUAGAGAUCACUAAGGCCUGGUUUGGUUUCACAAACCUUUAAAACCAUCUCAUCCCAUCUCAUCUUAUCUCAACAUCCAAACAUCAUUCAAACACACAUUUUUCAUUUUCAACUUUUCAACUUUUUCAUCUAAUUAUUUCCUAAUUAAUACAACUUUCACAUCAGUGUUGUGAACGGAGUGUACAAGAUAAUAGCUAGAGUCUUGGCUAAUUCGUUUAGUUUGGCCAUUGAGAAGAUCAUUUCACUUGGUGCUUAUUGCCAGUGAAUGACUAGACAAUAGGCUUAACUCGGGUGGGCCAAGGGUACUUUGCAAGUUAGAUAUUGAAAAGACCUUGAUCAUGUUUUUGGGAAUUUCUUCAUUAUUGAUCUUGGGAAUUGUGGUUUUGGGAAAAUGGCGUUCUUGGACAAUGCAUUUUAUCUCUUCAAUAUGCUUUUCUAUAUUGGUGAAUGGCACAAUGGCUGGUUUCUCUAAUAUCUUUCGUGUAAUCUGUUUAUCUCCAUAACUUUUUGUUAUUGUCGUGGAGGUUUCUAGUAA